AUCAAGUCAAAAUUAUUGGUUAUUACUCAAUCCUGCAGAUGGGUUAUGGCUAUCAACCUUGACAGUGUUGACAUCCCAAAAGUAAGAAAAUUGAAUUCAGUCAGUCCGUUUCUAUCCUUUUCAAUUUCCAAAGGAAGAUAAAUUGUAAAGGAGAUAUGGAAUGAGUCAGACAGUACUUAUAGAGAGGACAGAGAGAUUCAUGCUUCAGAUGUAACAUCUAUUUCUACUUGUUGAUAAUUCCCAGUUUUCAUUUUUUUCUGUUAAAGUUUGUUUCAAUUGUAAAAUGGAUUCAUAAAAUUAUAUAUUUAAUUUUACAGUUACCACACGAAAUAUAAUCUCUGCUUGGACAUGGGUGAUGAUAAGUACAUUUAUUAUUGAAGGUGAAUUGAGAAUGCUAUGCCAUGAUGUUGAUUCAACAUCAAAAGUAGUUCAACUACAAUCAACUGUAUCUCUUUCUUGUGCAUUACGAGAGGAGUGCCUCCAAUCAUUAGAUGCAAAUGCAAGUCACGUAUUUUGGAGAAUGAAUGAUACCCAAAUUCCACGAGAACAAUAUUAUUUCAAUGCAACCGUUUCCCGGGUAACUUUAAAGACGAUUGAUGCAAUAAGGACCUAUUUGACAUGUCACAUUAACAUCAAAGGUGCACCAAAUAUCCUCCACCGUUUUGAAAUUGAAGCAGGAUUGCCUCCUGAUAAGCCAAAAAAUAUUUCCUGCAUUUCAUACUGGCGUGAAAACUUUACUUGUUCGUGGGACCAAGGGCGUGAAAACCAUCUAAAGACUAAUUUUACACUAACUAGAAAAUUGUGAGUAUAAAAA